AUGGCUAAUCCCCGCAUUAAUUGGUCCAGAUAUCUCGUUCGGCAAAACGAACAUGAUCUAGAGACUCUCCUCCACCAGGGCACCUUUAAGCCCCUUCUUCUUUACCAUGUCGUUUUCUUCAAUUGCCUACCAUGGGUCGGCCUAGUCAUUCCCAAGUCCAGAGGUGGGCGAUAUUUUCGACCUUUGAUCUUUGCACUGAGCUUAGCAUUUGCAAUUGAGGUUCUUAUGAACCAACGAGCUCUCCUUGGUGGAAAUGGGUAUAUGAUUGGUAUGAUGGUUGGCUGGUGGCUAGUAUGGAGUGCCACAUUAUUCGUGUUCUCGGAUGUUGAGCGUGACUAUCAACGCAUUGAGCGUGUGACUAUAUCAGACACACGCAGCUCAGAUAGCAAGAGACUGGAUGCGCAGUCGGAAUCCAUCGGUGAUAACAACUCCCCACUCCCUGCAGAGGGUGCAACCGACCAACAAGCCCACUUUCGCUGGCAGUCAUAUCCAUCUAGGCUUUCACAUCGCAUUGAGUGGUGCGCAGGACUUCUGUUUAAUCUGCGUGGUCCAGAAUGGAACUGGCGUGCUCCUCGCCUUGGUCGGUUGCCGCGGACAGUACACGCGAACCUGCAUUCUGGCUUCCUGGCAAGCAAUCUACGAGAAGAAGACGAAGUGCAUAUUUCUGCGAAGACUUGUCUCUCGAAAGCAUUUCGUACAUUCUUGAUCUCAUAUCUGACGCUCGACGCUUUUAAAGUUAUCUUGAUACGGGACCCAUACUUCCGGGGCAUGAAGGCCGACACUGUGCCUCCUUUCCCCUUCUCCUUCCUUGCAUCCAUCCCUUUGGGCAUUCGCUUCUACCACUGCUUUCUGAGUGCUAUGGCGGUCUACGUCGCUCUCACUUAUGUCACCUCAUUGAAUCCCAUCUGCUUUCUUGGGCUAUCAAUGGCAUUCCCCAAUGCUUCUCGCAAGUUAACAGCUGCUCCAUUAGACAAGUCGUGGCUGUACGCUGAUACGUUUGGGCCAUUCAUUUCACCAGUUUUGGAUGACGGCCUAGCGGGUGUUUGGGGAACCUGGUGGCAUCAGCUCUUCAGACACGGAUUUACCUCUACAGCACGGUGGAUUUUAUCAUUGCUUCCGGGUUCAUGGGCAAUAGACCCGCGAGUGAAAAGGGUCAUCUAUAUCGUGGUUGCGUUUUCUUUGAGUGGUUUCGUGCAUGCUUGUGGCAGUUACACGCAGUUCACAGACACUCGGCCUUUGAGUGGGCCAUUCCUGUUUUUCUUUUUACAAAGCAUGGCUAUCCUUAUUGAACAUAUAUUCAAGGUUUUGGUAAUCUCAAAGUUGCCUCUGGGUCGUAUCCCACGAUGGUUGCGACGUACUGCAAAUGGCCUCGUUGUGUUUUUCUGGUUUUUGUUUUCGGGGCCUUUCAUCGCUGAUGAUUUUGCCAGGGGUGGGCUGUGGUUGAUGGAGCCUGUGCCAAUUAGCCCCCUCCGGGGCCUUGAAUUGGCAAAUGGCCAGGGAUGGUGGUGCUGGGAGGGAGACUGGUUUAAGUAUUGGAAUGAUGGAACUUACUGGGGUAGUGGGAUCCGGGUAAAUUGA